UCUUAAUGGACCCUCAACUACAAAGGAAACUAGACUUGGAAAAGAAGCUUAAGGAGAUAGAAAUCCAAUGCUUCUUGAAUAGAAUUGUCCCUCCUAGAAUCACAAAGUCUAAAAGUAGAGAUAGCCUGACUGCACUUCCUUGAAAGAGGAAGGUAUUUAAUGCGAAAAGGACUUUAGCCACUCAGAAAUCUCUAAAGACACAACUUGAAGGCACUUCUUCAAACUCUGGAUUGAAUAGAGACCCUGAUUCUUGGAAGAAGACAAUAGACUUGACUAAUUUCAACAAAUUCUCUCCAACUUCGACUAUGAAGACAAGGAAUAUUUACCAAGACUCAAAAUAAAACAUUCCAAAAGAGCAUAAAAGGAUUCACCCAUAUUUUUGAGCGUGAAGGGCAAGAGAUGCAACAGUUGCUAGAAUCUCAACCAAGAACCUCAAGCGUCCGGAAAUGAUGUGCUAAAAUGAAAACCCAACAUCUCAAGAAUAGAAUAAAAAGUGCAACGAAGUUAGUGAAUCCCUUCUUAGCAAAAUAAACAGUUGCAUACGAGAAAAGGAAUGAUUAUCAAAAGAUCAGUAAAGAGAUGCUUUGAGCCAAAAGAAAUCAGCCUUCAUAAACUUCCCUACUAUAAGCUUAUAAGGAUGGAGAAAACAGAUAGGGAAGAAAAGAAAGAGAUUCAAAAAUUAUUUCAAGAAAAUCUAAAAAGCUUAUUUCAAAAGUAUAACCAGUCUUCAAAGACUAUCACUCAGGCACAAUCUAGUAUCUUAAAACCCUCCAAAUCCGUUAGGUAAGGUCUUAACCCCCCCACCACAACCACAUAGCACUAACCCACCCCAACCCCCCCAAACCCCCCUCUCCUCUCUCCGUCCUUCCAAACUCUCCUCCCAAGUCCUCCCACCCCCCAGACCCCCUACCCCAUCCACCUUCUCCCAUCCUCCACCCCAAAAACGCCCAAUGACCCAAGGCCAAAUUCCUCACAAAAAACUCCUAAAAUCCCCCAAUCCCACAGCCAAGCCACGGGUCACGAUCAAGGAACAAACUUCGAGUUCAAGUAGUGAUAGUUCAAGCAGGUCUUCUAAGAGUGGAUAAGUUUAGGAUAAGAUUUUGGGGUGGAGUGGGGAAGUUCAAU